UGUUUGUACAAAAUAAUAUUAAAAAAUUCACUAUAUAAAUUCAUUUAUAUGUGUGUGUGUGGUGUAUUUUAAGUGAAAAGUAAAAUAUAUAAUUAAUAUCUAUAUAUGUAAUUUGCAGUUCUUUAGAAGAAAGGAGGAGUAAAAUAUUUGAAGAAUAAAAACCAGCAAAAAAAAAAAUAAAAUUAUUUAAAAAUAUUUUCGUCCUUUAAUAACUACGCGUAGGUUAUUAUAACAAUGGAUUAUUCAAAUAAUUUUGGUGAUGGUGGAUAUGAUUAUGGUGAUAGUGGUGGGAAUCAAUAUGGAGGAGGACAACAACAGAUUCCAGGGGGUUAUGGUGCAAGACCAAGAGUUGAUGUUGAAGCAGAAGGAGAAGUUGAUCCAACUUUAUAUCCUGAACCAAAAGAAGCAACUCACAAAAUUCGUGGAAAAUCUGAUUUAAUAGAAAAAAUAUGCGGUCCUGUUGAUCAAGAACUGCUCACAGUGAAAAGUUUUUAUUUCUUCUUUUAUUCAGCUUUCGGUUCAUUAUUCCCUUUAAUGGGUAUUUACUUUAAACAAAUGGGUAUGAAUGCCGGACAAUGCGGUGUUUUAAUUGGUAUGAGACCAUUUGUAGAAUUUUUGGCUGCUCCCUUUUGGGGUGGUUAUGCAGACAGAUGCAAGCAAGGAAAGAAAUUAUUAUUGGCAUCGUUAGCUUCUUGGAUUAUUUUUACAGUACCUUUAGGAUUUAUUCAACCGGAAGCUGUAAAAUGUAUUGAGAAGAAAAAUGCAACCGAUUUUUAUAUUACGACAACAAGAACUCGAAGAGAUUUAAGUGCUGUAGAAGAAAUGGAAGCAAUGGAUAAGGGAUUGAAUCUUUUAGAUGAUUUGAAUGAAACUGAAUAUACAAAUGAAAAUGGAAUUAGACAUCGAAGAUCUUUUUUGCCUUACCAUGGAAAAACUGGAAUAUCUCCAAUACAAGUAAAUUUUGCUAAAAAUUAUGAUGCUAUAGCGCACAAAGACUAUGUUAGUCCAAUAUUUUCUACAAUGGUUUACAGGACGCCGGAUAUUCAAAAAGCUUUUUUCCUUCUCUUACUAUUAGUUUUAAUUGGAGAAUUUUUUGCAGCUCCAGCUAUUACAUUAGCUGAUUCUGCUGUAAUUACAUUAUUAGGAGAUGAUGCAGAUAAAUAUGGCCACCAAAGAAUGUUCGGAUCGCUUGGAUGGGGUUUAUCUAUGUUCUUCGUAGGUAUCGCAUUAGAUCAUUCAACAUCAUUUCCAGAUCAUCCUUGUGGACCAGAAAAACAAGAAAAAAAUUACACAAUAUGUUUUGCAACGUUUUCUGUAUUAAUGACAUGCGCCAUUAUUACAGCAUCACAAAUAACAUUUAAAUAUGAUCCAGCACUAGAACCAGAAAAUCCAGUUGAUCAAACAGAUAACUUAAAACAAGCUGCAGAAGAUGAAAUGCAAAAUCAAUUAGCUGCUCAAUUGAAUUUACCAUCGUUAGCUGUAAAUAGUAAAAGUGGUACAAGUGGUGGAGCUUUAAAUAUGGGUGUUCCGAUGGGUCAACCACAAAUGGGAGCAGAAUCAAAAAUAUUCGCUCAAACAACAAGACAGAUGCCUGAAUGGGUAACAGUAAUGUCACAUUUUAAGGAUCUAAAAUGUGCAGCAUUCUUAUUUGUUGCAUGGUUUAUGGGCUUCGGUAUUGGUUUAAUUUUUACAUUUCUCUUCUGGCAUUUACAAGAUUAUGGAGGCUCACCUACAUUAUUUGGUGUUGCUUCAAUUAUAAAUCAUCUUUCAGAAAUAUUCGCAUAUUUCUUUAGUUUUCGAUUAAUAACACAAAUUGGACAUGUUAAAGUUUUAUGUCUCGGCUUAAUAGGAAACGUUGUAAGAUUUUUAUAUAUUUCAUGGUUAACUAAUCCAUGGUGGGUGCUACCAUUUGAGUUCAUGCAAGGUAUUACACAUGCUGCUGUCUGGGCUGCUUGUUGUUCAUAUAUUGCACAUAAUACACCACAACAUUUGAGAGCAUCAUCACAAGGUGUUCUACAGGGCAUACAUCAUGGUUUAGGAAGAGGUUGUGGAGCAGUAAUAGGUGGUAUAUUUGUAGCUAAUUUUGGUACGACGGCAACAUUUCGCGGUUAUGGUAUAGCAUGUGCUGUCGUUUUAGCUGCAUUUAUAUUCAUCAAUUUUUAUAGAAAAGAACAAGGAUUCAUUUCAGAAAUUCCAGCAACAGAAGAUCCACAUCAAGUUGCCGAAGAAACAUCACAUUUAGCUCCUCAUGGUGUGCCAAGUAAUCCAAUACCCCGUGCAUUAUCUAGUUCACGAUUAAAUGAUAUGCCACCAAAUGGUCAACAAUAUGGAACUUAUCAAACAUCAGCUGGUGGAAAUCUAGAUAUUCCUGGAGGUGGAGGUGCCGCAAAUCCGUUCAUGCAACAUUAGGAACUAUCAGCAAACUAUUCAAAUUAAAUAAUUGCUUAAAAAACACAAUAAAAUUAAUCAAAAAAUUUAGCUAUACCGCGAAACAUAAAAUAAAAAAAAAAAACAAUACAAAAAAAUUUCUUAGCAAAAAGAUCGAAUUUAAUAAACCAAAAAUAUUGUUAAAGUGAGCUAAAAAUGCGUACUGGGUAAAAAAAUGAAUUGAGUUGUGUAAAACAAAAUGUUGUUUUGAAAAUAUUUCGAAUAUUUGAACAUCAUUUUUGUUGUUGAACUUACGUACGCAUACCAUUGAAAAUAUAAAAUUGGAAAUACAGAAAUUAAAGUGAAAGGAAAAUGACAGCUUUAGUUAAUUUAAAAUUAAAAUUGUAUGAAAUUAUAAAAUUAAAUUGGAUUCUAAUAGUUUAAAAACAAAAAUGGAAUUUAAUAAAAUAAAUAAUGCGUUUUUAAAAAAUUUAAUUUGCACAUAAUGGAAAAAUUAAGUAAA